ACAUCACGCGGCCUGAGGCGGCGGCGGCGCCCCCGGCCCACCCGCAGCCCCCGACGCAGAGGCGCCGCGGCGGGGCCCGGCAGAGGAUGGUGCGCGGCGCGCCGGGGGCUCCCCGCCGCCAGGGCCGCAGCGCCGACGCCGAGGCCGAGCCGGCAGCCCGGUGCAGCCGACCCCCGCUCCGGGCGCGGGGCGAUCGGCCCCGGUGAAGACGCCCAGGGCGGCGCGGGCGCAGCGGCCAUGGGCGCCCUGACUAGCCGGCAGCACGCGGGCGUGGAGGAGGUGGACAUCCCGUCCAAUUCCGUGUACCGCUACCCGCCCAAGUCCGGAAGCUACUUUGCCAGCCACUUCAUCAUGGGAGGAGAGAAGUUCGACUCGACCCACCCCGAAGGUUACCUGUUCGGCGAGAACAGCGAUCUGAACUUCCUGGGGAACAGACCCGUGGCGUUUCCGUACGCUGCGCCCCCGCCCCAAGAGCCGGUGAAGACUCUGAGAAGCCUGAUCAACAUUCGGAAGGACACGCUGAGGCUCGUCAAGUGCGCCGAGGAAGUGAAGACCCCUGGGGAAGAGGCCGGCAAGGCCAAAGUCCACUACAACGUGGAGUUCACCUUUGACACCGACGCCCGCGUGGCCAUCACCAUCUACUACCAGGCCACCGAGGAGUUCCAGAACGGCAUCGCCAGCUACAUCCCCAAAGACAACAGCCUGCAGUCGGAGACCGUGCACUUCAAGCGGGGCGUGUGCCAGCAGUUCUGCCUGCCCUCGCACACAGUGGACCUGUCCGACUGGGCCGAGGACGAGCUCGGCUUCGAUCUGGACCGGGAGGUCUACCCUUUGGUGGUGCACGCGGUGGUGGACGAAGGAGACGAGUACUUUGGCCACUGCCACGUGCUGCUGGGCACUUUCGAAAAGCACACAGACGGGACCUUCUGUGUCAAGCCCCUCAAACAGAAACAAGUAGUAGACGGGGUCAGCUACCUCCUCCAGGAGAUCUAUGGGAUUGAAAACAAGUACAACACGCAAGAGUCCAAGGUGGCGGAGGACGAGGUGAGCGACAACAGCGCCGAGUGUGUGGUGUGCCUCUCGGACGUCCGGGACACCCUGAUCCUGCCCUGCCGCCACCUCUGCCUGUGCAACACCUGCGCAGACACGCUGCGUUACCAGGCCAACAACUGCCCCAUCUGCCGACUGCCCUUCCGGGCUCUGCUUCAGAUCCGAGCCAUGAGGAAGAAACUGGGCCCCUUGUCCCCAACCAGCUUCAACCCCAUCAUCUCCUCGCAGACGUCCGACUCGGAAGAGCACUCGUCCUCGGAGAACAUUCCACCGGGUUACGAAGUGGUGUCUCUCCUGGAGGCCCUCAACGGGCCCCUCACGCCCUCGCCAGCGAUCCCCCCGCUCCACGUGCUUGGAGACGGCCACCUGUCGGGGAUGCUGCCUGCCUACGGCAGCGAAGGCCACCUGCCGCCCAUCAGGACGCUGUCCCCGCUGGACCGCCUGUCCGACUGCAGCAGCCAAGGGCUGAAGCUCAAACGGAGUCUCUCCAAGUCCGUCUCCCAGAAUUCCUCCGUGCUGCGGGAGGAGGAGGACGAGCGUUCCUGCAGCGAAUCGGAGACGCACCUGUCUCAGAGGCCGUCAGCUCAGCAGCUCGAAGAGGAGUGUGGCGUCACUCCGGACAGCGAGAACCUGACCCUGUCCUCGUCAGGAGGCAUUGACCAGUCAUCUUGCACCGGGACACCUCUGUCUUCCACCAUUUCCUCCCCGGAAGACCCCGCCAGCAGCAGUCUGGCCCAGUCGGUCAUGUCCAUGGUGUCCUCCCAGAGCCGGCACUCCCAGAUCAGCACCGACACCGUCUCCUCCAUGUCCGGCUCCUACAUCGCCCCCGGCACCGGCACCGGCACCGAGGACGAGGGAGAGGCUUUCCCCUCCCCGCUGGCCGACAGCAGGGCCGCCUCAGAGGAAGGAGAGGUGGCGGCAUCUGCAGACAGCAACUUUGUGGGCCUCGCGGAAGAGCAGGAUGCAGAGGGGAACGACGUGAUGGAGGAAGACGACGGAUCCCCCACGCAAGAAGAUGGCCAGAGGACAUGCGCAUUUCUAGGUAUGGAGUGUGACAAUAACAAUGACUUUGACAUCGCAAGCGUGAAAGCACUGGACAAUAAGCUGUGCUCUGAGGUCUGCUUACCCGCCGCAGUUCCGGAGUCCUGCCCCAUAGACAUUGAGGAAUAGGCCCCUGGCAGGCUGACGACAACGUGGUCAACUGUCGGAACACGCAGCGCCGUCGCCUGUCGUCCAGCAGCCUGGAGGACGCCGAGAACAGGCCCUGCGUCUGGGGUCCCUUGGCCGUCUGAGGGCCCCGCCCCCGCGCGCCGGAGCUCCCUCCUGUCCCCACGUCCCGUCCUGGCCUCUCGGGACCGAGGGCCGCCUGGGCGUCCUCAGCAGGACACACGGAGACUUGCAUACCCACGCGGAGAAGCCCGGUGUGGAGAUCAGCCCGCUCCCGCUCCCAGUCUCGCCUCCCUCCACGGCCGCCAUCCCACCCCUCCCAGGACGGACCGGAAGCCUCCUUCCUCCUCGCGGCCUGAAACCACCGGAGGAACUGCCGCUCGUGAGACCCUUUGCAGAGAGACUCUCUAGAACGUUCCCACUGCAUCGUGCGUGGCCUUCCGGUGGAGCCAAGGUCCACGGGCUGGUUGCUUGCUGAGCAUCCUUCUCCCUGGAGGUAGACCGAGAGACCCGGAGUCUUCGUGGCUUCAUAACAGACAUCCGCCUGGCAUUUUUCGGUUUCUGGGACAUCGUAACCAAUUCGAACCCUCCUGUUGGAAGGGGCAGGUGGGGAUGACGCCUGGGCCAAGGGAAAGCCCCACGCGUGGCGCUCUCAGUGGAGUCUCCCGGUCCUCAAGGACAGGAGAGCCGGUGGCAACCGAGAAGACAGAUGGAAAAAACCGUUCUUACUUUUGGCACGUGAGCUGGUGUCUCGCGCCCCGUGUGUCUGUCCGUUUAGGAAGGGGGCCAUGACCUGGAGAAUACCCCCUAGACGACCACCCACAGGAGGGUUUCUUAGGAUCAGGGCGCAUCCACGGAGGCCUGGGACUCCGCCCUAAGGCAGCAUUUCAGAACCCGCGGUUUCGGCCACCUCCGUGUGAGGGGCGUGUGUGGGCAGCCGUGUCAGCACGACAGCCCUGUCCGGCGGCGGUCUUACCCCUGGUGCCCGUCUCCACCCUUGCUGUCAGUAGUUUAAUAGUUGAAGAAAUAGGCCGCAAGAGGGGUGGACCAGUGAUCCCCCCGCCUCUGGUACCCCGGAGCCCGAAAGGAAGUGGUAGAAAGCACCAAGCCAGGGCCAGCAGUGGGCUGGGAGCCUCCCCACCCCCCCUAUACUCACCCCCCCAACCUUCCCGUGUUCCUGAGCCUGAUAGGAGAAAGGGGAGGCAUUGCCUUCCACCGGCUCGUUCGAGAUUCGGAGACGCUGUCUGUUUGCAUCAGGCACCCACCCCACCCCGGCCCCGUGCAGGGCGGGCGAACAGAAGCCUGCAACGGUGAGGCUGCGCUGGCCCGCAUGCCGCUGGGUGUUUCUCUGCGCUGAGCCCCAGCAUUGUGGACCCCUCAUAGCUCUCGGGCAGACGCUCUGUCCACUGGCUUUCGGGAAAGGUGGUUUCUCAGUGGAGCCCAGGACCAGGAGGCAAAUCUGGGUCCAGCAAUUUGUGAGGCUGAACUAUGGAGCCUGGGCUGUCCCCGUCCUGAUGGCUUGUCUUAGUAUUGGGAAGUGUCCCUGGAGAAGAGUUUCUCAGGGCCCUUUCCAGGACCUCGCAGAGAGCCCUUGCAGGGCCCCGGGGAUCCUUUGCACCGCCAGGCGGGCGGGGGACCCUCACACUGUCUAGUGGUUGUGGCUCACGCUCUGCCCUGGUCGAGGGGGAGGCCCGUUGUCCUGACAGAUGUGCCAUGAGCCAAGCCUGGCUCUCGGCUGCCGUCUUGAGUUGCUGGGACCCCCUCCCCAACUCCUGCAGUGGACUCUGUGGGUUUAGGCCCGCUUCCUGCCCCCUCUCCCUCCCCACCCCUGCCGCGUGUGCUUUCAGUCCCGUUCAUAUUUACAAGCUGAGCAAUAACCCCCCCCCCCUCAUCUCCUUGCAGUUUGAGCCCCAGAAACGUCAGGGAACAGGAGCGUCCCUUAGCCUGGGGUAGCGGGACACAGACCCACCUGCUCUCCCGGCAGGUAGUAUUCACGGUGUGGUGUCACCUGAGACGAAGGAGGUGCAGGUAAACAGUAGCCACAGCGGCCAGGAACCCUAGGAGGAAGCCAUCAUCUUCACCCUUCCUGGGGGGUCCGUGUCCUCUCCCGGGGAGAUUCUUCUAGGCCUUGGUUCCACCACCCAGACACCUGGUUAUAGAACGGCCCUUCGGUCCUCGUUUUUCAGACCCUUCCUAUCCCCCCCCGCCCCCGCUGCUUUAUUCUCAUCCAGAUCUUCGGCAAACAGUAAAACCCCAUCCAACGAGGCUGGUCCUCAGUCAGCCUGACCAGGGAGCAGGGUGGCGGCCAGCCCCACCACCCCGCCCAUCAUCUGGACACUCGUGUCGUAAGCAGUUGACCCAGGGAGAGUGGAUGGCCCGGCUCCUCACACUCGGGGGCACUGACUGACCGGAGGCCAGCGACUCCUCCCUGCCACACUCAGGUCGGAGCUCUCCCAUGGCCUCCAGGUGGGGUGGGGCUCCCCACGCCCCACGAAGCUGCUGCUGCUCCUCCUCCUCCCCAGCUCCAUCCCACCAGGGUUUGUGCCGGCGCGGGAGCGCCUCUGGGGCACAGGCUGGCGAACCUGAGGCCCUCUCACCUGGAGGGAGUUCUGUCCUGUCCACCUGAUCCUGGCACGCUCCUUGCUCACUUCGCUUUAGGAUCUGCACACCUGGCGUGUGCAAGUGUGUAUGUGCAUUGUUGUGCCCCUCUCCCUCCCUGGAGUGACGCUCAGGGGGCACGCUACAGUGGGGACAUCGAGGAUGCAAUAUUUACGGAUUGCUGCAUGAUUCUUAAAACUGAAUAAAACUGUUCACAAGGGAA